CCAUGGCGCACGCUCUGCGCACCGGCCAAGCGUCGGUGGUCGAGUAUUUGCAUGGCCAAGGCGCCACGAUCCCGCCGUUCGCGGCCAGCGUCGCGUGCAACGGCGGGCACCUACCGCUCGUGAAGCUCCUUCGCCACCUCGACGCCUGGCGCCCAGUGAACCCGAGCCUCGUGGCCAAGCAAGGGCACCUCGAUGUCCUGGCGUACCUCCACGAGGAAGGCUGCGGCGGCUUUACCGCCGAGACCAUGGACGAGGCCGCAACUGCGGGGCACCUCGAGGUCGUCCGGUUCCUGCACACGCACCGAAGGGAGGGAUGUACGCCCAAAGCCCUCGCCGGCGCCACAAAGAACAAGCACUGGGACGUGGUGCGCUACCUCAACCGACACCGGCCUGAAAGCGUGCGGCUGGUCGCCGACUUUGCCAAGCCCAACAGCUCGGUGCACCAUCGAGCGACGCGCGCGGCGAGCAGCCCGCCGACGCGGUACGGUUCGCCGCGGGUGGUGGCAGCGACCGACGCCGACGCCGUCGACUUUCGACGCAACAACGGGUUUCCGCUUUGGACAGCCCACGUGCUCUUGACGGCGAUACGCCAAGACCGACUCGACAUCGUGGCCUACGCCAACGAGCACAAGCUGGGCGUCUUCUCGACGGCGGCCAUGGACAACGCCGGUCGGUUCGGCUGCCUCGAGAUCUUCCGGUACCUGCACCAGCACCAGUGCGAGGGCUGCACAAAGGCGGCGUGGACCGGCGCUGUCGCCAACGGCCACCUCGGCAUUGUGCGGUACAUGGUCGAGAACGACUUUGCCGUUGUCGACUUGAAGGUCGGUCGGCAGCUUGCGAUUGCCAGCGGCCGCACGAGCCUCACGUCGUACAUCAAGUCGGUGGGCCCAGCGCGAUCUUCGUGCGCAGUCCAGUAGGUCGCUAUUUAAUGUGUGUACAAUUGUUGACGUCUGUACAUUUUGAAGACAGGUUGUCAUCGGAUAAUUCAUAAGUGUAG